CCGUUGUCGGUUUGAAUGCUACAUGUAAAGCUUUCUGGCAGUCCGUGAGUCCGGGCGUGUGAGUCUUUACACUAAUACAGAGAAGAAAACCGAAACAAACUUCGAGUAGCAGUAACAGUUCUUGUCGACAUGGCUGAAUUUCUUCCUCAGGUGGAGUCGUACAAGGGGACGGUGAAGGAAAUGGCAGAGGAGUUAGUGAAGAAAAAGUUCCCUGAGCGCAUCAUACACUUUAACAAGCUGCUGGAGGAAUCACCAUUCCUAUGUGAAAACCUUGAAACUGUUCAUUCAGACCUCAAGAUUCCCGUACCUGAACCCAUUGUGGUAAACAACCAUGACGGAGACCCUCCUGGGAAGAAGCGAAAGAUGCCUGACGGUGCCGAGGACGCUGUGACAGGUGCCAAGGUGUUUGUUCUUCCCUCCGGCUCUGUGCCCAUCAACUCACACAUCACCCAGAUGGUGGACACCAUCAAACCUCUCAUCUGCCAGCUGGUGGAGGAAGCCAACCUGUUAAAAAUGUGGAUAUCGUUUCUCAUCCCCAAAAUUGAGGAUGGCAACAACUUCGGGGUCAGUAUUCAGGAGGAGACACUUGGGGAGAUUCGCACAGUGGAGUCUGAGGCGGCCUCAUUCUUUGACCAAAUAUCCCGGUACUACAUGACUCGGGCCAAGCUGGUGUCCAAGGUGGCUAAGUACCCACACAUUGACGACUACCGGCGAACAGUGGUGGAGCUGGACGAGAAGGAGUAUUUGUCGUUACGCAUCACUCUCUCUGAGAUCCGGAACCACUAUGCCACGCUGCACGACAUGAUCACCAAGAACAUGGAGAAGAUCAAGAAACCACGCUCCACCAACUCCAUUGAAGCUAUGUACUGAGGGACCAUCCACGCAUCUAUGCCUCCACCCACAACACCCACCAUCGUUCUCCACUAGCCUAGCCUUGUCUCCUCCUCUUCCUCCCCACAACGCCAACAACAACAACAGUCACUCUUGUAAUGAAUAUCUGGAGGAUCUUGAGGAUGUUUUGAAUAUUUUCCCAGUUUGGAACGAGGGAGCACAGCCACCUUUAUGCUACACUCUCCUCCCUCAGGCCCCUCCUCUUUAUUUUCAAGGCUAGAAUGAGAAUGUUUGGAAGAAUUUGAGGGUUUUUAAGUGUUUUUGGGUGUGGUAUGAGAAAGCAAGGCUGUCCUCAUGCUGCCUCAUACUGACUCAUCCUCCAUCAUCCCCUUUGUCUUUAUUUCCAGGGCUAGAGAUUGCGAGAGAUAGAGUGAGAGAUAGAGAAAGAGAAGGUUCUUUCUUGCAGGCUGUGUGAUGUUACAUUACCACUAUAGAUAUUCUCGUCUCCAAACAGUAUUCCCAUGAGCAUUACUCUGUGUUGUUAAUGCUUACAAAUUUUACCAGUUAUUUUUUACAAAUUGGACUUUUUGGCAGUACGACUGUGUUUGCACUGUUAUUUAUUGAAAGUAUAAGCUGAGGAAGGAAAGUCAGAUUUGUUUGUUGUGUAUGGUAUUAGUUUGUUUACUGGUCUGUCUGUCUGCCUGCCUGUCUGUCUGUGUCUGUGUGUCCUGUUGAUGCUGGUAUACAACGGGAGGAUGCAGUGGUCAUAUGGAAAUGGCUUUUUGUGGAGAUACCUAAAUAAAUUUGAUAUUUAAA